AUGUCGUUUAAUCCAAAACGUAGUAGCCGUAAACUUACUACUUCUAGUAAAUCGAAGAUAAAACAGACGGGAACAGAAUGCUAUACUGUUCAUGACUUACCAUCUCUCAAAAGGAAACGUACUAUUGCAUUAAAUCGUAUGUUAAAAGCAUUGGAAAUCGGUAAGAAAGCAAAAGGCGAUGAGGUUCACUGUGACCUUUUUUUCUCGUACUGCGAUCAGGCAAAAAAGUUUGUGUCUGAGUUUGAAGAAGCGCAUUUCUUUAUACUCGAACUUUUGGACUCGUGUGAUGGCAGCGUUGAUGAUGAUGACAUACGUGCGCGUUUUGACGAUGCAUACUUUCAAGUCAUGGCUAUACUUCGUAGUUUAACGAGAGGUGAAUUGAAUUUAUCUGACACGUCUAAUAUGUCGGCUGGCACGAGUUCUAACAUCAAAUCUCCUUUGUCUCAUGUACGCUUACCGAAAAUCCAAUUACCGAGUUUUUCAGGCAAUAUAAAGAAGUGGCCUGAGUUUAUCGAUACAUUUAACGCUCUUAUACAUAAUUGUAACUCCAUAACGGACGUUGAGAAAUUUCAUUAUUUAAUCUCUUCGUUAAGCGGCGAUCCGUUGUCACUUAUUCGUGUGUUUCCCGUAACCGGUGACUAUUAUUCAGAUGCGUAUGCCGCGUUAAUCGCGCGCUAUCAGAAUACUCGUGAAUUAGCUUAUACCUGUUGGAAGGAUAUUUUAAAUGUAAAUUUGAAAAUUCAAAAUAUAAAUGACUUUCGUCGUAGCUUGGACAGUAUUGAUGAGAAUUUGAGUAUUUUAAGAAAGUUAAAUUUACCUGUUGAGCAAUGGGAAUUUAUAAUCGUUUAUCAUGUUCUAUCGAAAUUAGAAUCGAAGUUGCGCCGGGAUUUCGAAGAAAGUUGUUGUAGUUCUGAAUUUCCUAAAUAUAUUAAUUUAAAAGAGUUUUUACAUUCAAGAUGUGAAGCGCUUAUACGAGAUAAUCAUUUUUCUGAAGCUACUAAAGCCGCUUUUCAUGUUGUAAAGGAUUCGAUUAGGCCUCCUUCUAAUAUUGUUAAACGUCGUCCUGUUACUCACACAUUAGUCUCUAGUCAUUCGGAUGAUAAACUAAAAACUGGAGAAACGCGGCAUGACAACUCCAAGGUUAUGCCUAAAUGCUCGUUUUGCACAGAUGCUACUCAUUCAAUUGCACAUUGUAAGCGAUUUCUAUCAAAAUCGGUAGAUGAACGCAUGUCUGUUGCAAACGAAAAAAGAUGGUGCUUCAACUGCCUUAAAUCAUCUCAUCAAUUAAAAGAGUGUAAGUCGAUUUUCCGAUGCCUUAAAUGUAAACAUAAACAUCACACAUUGCUUCACAAAGAGCAAUCUACCGAUACCCCGUCUCGUUCUGUGUCCUUAAUCGCCAAGGCCUCUGGUUACGAAUUAUGUACAAAAUCUUCACUAAACACAACUGUUCUUCUUGCUACCGCUAUAGUGCAGAUAGUAGAUGAAAAGGGUCGGUAUCAUUGUUUUCGGGCACUGUUUGAUACUGGCAGCCAAAACAAUUUAAUUACUUGUGACGCCGCUCGAACCUUAAAUAUUAAACAAGUACCAUGCGAUGCAAAUAUUAACGGUUUAGGUGGAGUGUCUGCAGAUGUCAGUCACAUGGUUCGUUGUUCACUCGCAUCAAACAACAAGGUUUUAUUCGAUGUUGACAUGCAUGUCAUAUCAACUAUUUGUGGCGAUCAGCCUAUUGCUAAACUUAAUACGAAUGGUUGGUCUCACAUUCAAUCGUUACCCUUGGCAGAUCCAGGUUUCGAUAUACCUGGGCCUAUCGAUAUUUUGCUUGGUGCAGAUAUAUUCGCUGAUUCUCUAUUGGACCAAUGUAUGAAGGGUCGGUCUAAUCAACCUGUUGCGAUGAAUUCAGUCUUUGGAUGGCUUUUAUUAGGUAGAACACACCUCACAUCCUCGUCCUUAUUACAAUAUACAGCCAAAUCCGACGAGCUGACUUCUAUGGUUCAACGCUUCUGGGAGAUUGAUAAUGUUCCUCAAGCAUCAAUUCUCACACCACUAGAUAUGGCAUGUGAAAAGGCAUAUGUCACCGACCAUUAUCGUGAUUCAACAGGCAGAUACGGAGUUCAGUUACCUUUUAAGGAUGGUGGUAUGUGUAAAGUAUUAGGGACUUCUCUAACAGAGAUUGAAGUACAUGAGUUUCAAGAUCGGAAUCCUGCUGCAACUUCU